UGAAUUUAUAUGAUUAUAUUAACUUUAUGGAUGUUUGACACUAUCUUUGUAACAUACAGCAAGAGAUAAUCUUGUUUUUCUACAACAGUGGUUCACAAAAUUUUCACAUUACAAAAAUAAUGAGUUCUUCAUCACAGGGGAGAGCUAUACAGGUCACUUUGCACCCCAACUUGCAGCACUCAUUUUACAAACCAAAACCAACAUUAAUUUAAAAGGAAUAGCCAUAGGUAACCCCCUCCUAGAGUUUAACACAGAUUACAACUCUAGGGGGCAAUUUUUGUGGUCACAUGGGUUGAUAACAUAUUCAACCUAUGAGUUAGUCACAAAAGUUUGCAACUAUUCCCGAAUUACAAGGGAAUAUAGAAGUGGGACAGUUAAUUCCAGCUGUGUAGAAGUUAUUGAUCGAUUGAAUCGGGAGGUUGGUGACUUCAUCGAUGAUUUCGAUGUUAGUCAGGAUAUGUGCCGACCACUGGGACAACACAUAUGGACUCCACCUCAUGGAGAAAAGAAGAGAGCUUUUUGUCUCGAAGACAAAAUAUUUAAUUACUUGAACAAGAAAGGAGUUCAAAAAGCUCUCCAUACUAGGAUUUCCUCGUGGCAAACUUGUGGAGCUAUCUGGUAUGACAGCAAAAGUAUUGAAAAUUCAACCAUAUCUCUUCUAGGAACACUUGUUAAAUCAGGUGUUAGAGUUAUGGUAUUUAGUGGAGAUCAAGAUUCUGUCAUACCAUUCUUUAGCACCCAAUCUUUAUUGGAUGGAUUAGCUAAGGACCUUGGGUUGUACGUAGGGCCUUAUAGACCAUGGUAUAAUGGAAUAAAGGUAUAUAUUUAUAAAUGUUUGAUUUUUAUUUUAUGAUCUGUUGAUUAU